CACACACACACAUACACACUCACACACACUGGACACACCUUACCUCGUCAGGGCGUGUGCGUAAACAGGUGCGGAAGCGCUCGUGCCAGACUCUCCCGUCGUCUGUGGGGACCAUGCGGGGACUCAUCGCGCACCUGCACAGCUCGGAGCUCGUGGCUCGCUUCCAACGGGCAUGUGGUCUUUACCCAGCCACGAGCACCGAGGAGAAGUCCGUCCGCGGUCAUUCUGUGGACGACCGCGCAGUCCCAAACGGAAACACCGGCGUUCUCAGACACCGAGCUGAGGCAGACACCGGGAAGUUACACCGGGGCACGAAAGAGGAGGACAACAACUCAAACUACAAGUGCUCCGGAGACGCAGAGGAAUAUGUGGUCAGGAACCGGCCUCUCCACUUCCUCUUCCUGGUCUCGGCAGCUCUGGGAAAUGAAGUCUUCUACAUCUCCUUCCUGCCCUGCCUGCACUGGAGCCUGGACCCCUUCCUGUGCAGACGCUGCGCCAACAUGUGGGCAGUGGUGAUGUAUGUGGGCCAGGUGCUGAAGGACGUGCUGAAGCUGCCCAGGCCUCUGGCGCCCCCGGUGGUGAAGCUGGAGAGUCGCGUGAACGCAGAGUACGGCCUCCCCUCCACACACGCCAUGGCUGCUACCGCCAUCUCCUUCACCCUGCUGCUCAGCGCACCUCAGAGAGUACAGUUUCAGUGGGAGGUUGGUGUGUUCUUGGCGGUGCUGCUGUCAUCGCUGGUGUGUUUGAGUCGCCUUUACACGGGUAUGCACUCAGCUCUGGACGUGAUCUGCGGCGUGCUGCUCACCGCCGUUGUCAUGGCGACGUCCUACCCGCUGUGGGCGUGGCUUGACGAGGCGCAGCUGCGCGGCCGGCUCUCCCCCGUGCUGGCGUUGGUUCUGCCCGCGCUGCUGUGCUGCGCCUACCCCGAGCCGGACCACUACAGCACCACGCGGGGGGACACCACCAUCAUCCUGGGCGCCGCCGCCGGCUGCUGGCUCGGCUAUUGGCUGAACGAGCGGUGGGGGCGGACCUUCGAGCCUGAGGGACCCCUCCCGGUGACCCUGCGACCUCUGACCCCGGCGACCUUUGGCCUGGGGGUGGCGCGGUUCGUGGUGGGCGUGCUGGUGCUGGUGGGCACGAGGCAGGUCAUGCGCUGGGCCAGCCUGGCGCUGGUGUGUCGUUACCAUGGGGAGUCGCCUAGCAACGCGGAGGCACGGCGCAGGAGGGAGAUCGAGGUGCCGUAUAAGUUCGUGACCUACACGGCCGUGGGAUUGGUCAACACCCUGCUGGUCAACAGACUCUUCGUCCAGCUGGGCCUGCUCUGACCACGGAGCACUGCCGCAAACCCGUGUGUGUGUGUGUGUGUGUGUGUGUGUGCGUGUGUGUGUGUGUUUUCAUACGUGUAUGUGUGUGUGUGUGUGUGUUUUCAUACGUGUAUGUGGGUGUGUGUGUGUGUGUGUGUGUGUGUUUUCAUAAGUGUGUGUGUGUGUUUUCAUACGUGUGUGUGUGUGUGUGUGUGUGUGUGUGUUUUCAUACGUGUGUGUGUGUGUAUAUACUGAUAACCUAUGGUCCCUAGUGUGUGUGUGUGUGUGUGCUUUCACAUUUGUGUGUGUAUACUAAUAACCUGUGGUCCCUAGUGUGUGUGUGUACUGAUAACCUGUGGUCAUAGUGUGUGUGUGUGUUUUCAUAUAUGUGUGUUUGUACUGGUAACCAAUGGUCCUUAGUGUGUGUGUUUUCAUGUGUGUGUGUGUGUGUGUGUUUGUGUGUGUGUGUGCUCAUAACCUAUGUUCCUUUGUUUGUUUGUGUGUGUGUGUGUGUGUGUGCACAUGUACAUUGUUACACCCUGUAGAUGUGUGUAUAAAGAGUUGUUUGUGAUAUAGCUAAAUAAAAAUAUGCAAAC